CAUCACCAAGCACGACAAUUGCAAACAUUUCAUACAUACAGCAAAAUUCAAACUACUUGAAUUUUCUUCUAGGUGCGGUCAAAUUAAGGUUCUUUACAUUAAGCUCAUUUUCUUCACCCACUCAAAUUACACAAAUAAUAACUAGACAUCACAUAUAUAAUAGUCAAUUACUUGCACCAUUAAUACUCAUUUUUUUGUCAUGUCACUUGUGCUGGUAAAAUUUACAUGCAUAAAUAAGCACAUUUCACAAAAUUCUAGCACCAUCUAUCAUAUUCAUAUCUCAAAAAUGGUUUCUUCUUCUUCUACCUUAUACAUAAUUUUCAUUCUAUUUCUUCAACUUUUGUUAGUCUUUGGAAACGUUACUCGAAGUUCUACACUAUCUACCACAAACAAAAAUUCAUGGCUAUCACCUUCUGGUGAAUUUGCUUUCGGGUUUCAACAACUUGGUACAGCAACAAAUCUCUUCAUGCUUGCAAUAUGGUACAACAAGAUACCUGAAAAAACCAUUGUUUGGAGUGCUAAAAACACGAACAACAACAACCUCGUACAAGCACCGACAGGAUCACAAGUUCAGCUAACAUCAGGAGGACUCACGUUGACAACUCAACAAGGUGAAUCCAUUUGGACAGCACAACCAAACACAGCUGUUUCCUAUGGAAUCAUGCAUGAUACUGGAAACUUUGUUCUUGUUAAUAAGAAUUCUUCUAUUGUUUGGGAAAGUUUCAAGUUUCCCACCGACACCCUUUUGCCUAAUCAAUCUCUUGAAUUAGGUGGAAACAUAACUUCUAGAUUUUCAGAGACCAACUACACAAGUGGGAGGUUCCAACUUUAUUUUCGUGAUGAUGAUCAUAAUCUCAUGUUAAGUCCACUUGCAUGGCCUACUCAAUUACGUUACAAAUUUUACUAUAGAAUUGAUGUUAAUAACUCUGCAUCUUCAAGUUUAGUUUUUGAUGAAUCAGGAGAUAUUUAUGUGGAAACAAAUAAAAAUGGUACUACUAGAAUCAUACCUCAGGGUACACAAUGGAAAAAUUUAGAUCUUGAUCCUAAGUUGUAUUAUUAUAGAGCAACACUUGAUUAUUAUGGAGUUUUGACACAAUAUUCUCAUCCAAGGGACACUAAAGCAAAACAAGGAUGGACUAUUAUGAGGUAUGUUCCUGAUAACAUUUGCAUUGCAAUAUUCAAUGAAAUGGGUAGUGGAACUUGUGGCUAUAAUAGCUAUUGUUCCAUGGAAAAUCAGAGACCUACUUGUAAAUGUCCUUAUGGUUAUUCGUUGAUAGAUCCAAGUAAUCAAUUUGGCGGGUGUCAACUCAAUUUCACACUUGGUUGUGGAGAUAAUAAUGGUGAAGGGUUGAAUGUGAAGCCAGAAGAGUUAUAUGAGUUUACUGUUCUUAGAGAUGUGGAUUGGCCUUUAUCAGAUUAUGAAAAGAUGCAACCUUAUUCUCAACAGGAUUGUCAACAAUCUUGUUUGCAUGAUUGCAUGUGUGCUGUUGCAGUUUUCAAUAACAAUACUUGUUGGAAGAAAAGAUUGCCUAUUGCUAAUGGAAGAGCACAAAGUGGUGGACAAUUGGUACUUGUGAAAACAAGAGUUUCUCCUUUUGGUCCUUCUUCAACUACACACGAUUUGAAGAAAGACGACCGGGUUAAGCCGAUUCUUCAAGGUUUACUUAUUAGUUCCACUGUCUUCAAUAGCAUACUCUUAGCUGCGGUUGUUUUUAUGACUUUGUUGAAGCCGAAAAGGGUUGUCCAAGCUGCAACUCUGGUGGAAACAAAUUUAUGUUCAUUUAGUUACGACGCAUUAAAAGAAGCUACAUGGGGUUUUAGUGAAGAACUAGGUAGAGGGUCCUUUGGUAUUGUUUACAAAGGUGAGUUAAAAGCAGGAUCAACUUGCAAUGUUGUUGCUGUUAAGAGAUUGGAUCGGUUAGUGGAGGAUCGCGAGAAGGAAUUUAAGACUGAAUUGAGAGCCAUUGGAAAAACCUGCCACAAAAACUUGGUAAGGUUGGUUGGAUUUUGUGAUGAAGGAUUGCAUAGAAUGUUAGUAUAUGAGUUCAUGAGCAAUGGUAGUCUUGCAAAUAUCUUGUUCGGAGAAACCAAACCCAUUUGGAAUCAAAGGGUUGGAUUUGCUUUGGGGAUCGCAAGAGGGUUGGUGUAUUUACAUGAAGAGUGUGACACUCCUAUCAUUCAUUGCGACAUAAAGCCUCAAAAUAUACUCAUAGAUGAGUAUUUUACGGCAAAGAUCUCUGACUUUGGUUUGGCCAAGUUGUUGUUGGCUGAUCAAAGUAGAACAAAUACAAUGGUCCGAGGAACGCGGGGAUAUGUGGCUCCUGAAUGGUUCAAGAAUGUCCCUGUGACGGCUAAAGUGGAUGUUUACAGCUUUGGUGCCAUGUUGUUAGAAAUUGUUUGCUGCAGAAAAAGUGUGGUGCUGAUGGAGUCGGGGGAGGAAGAGAAGGCAAUUUUGACAGAUUGGGCUUGUGAUUGUUAUAUGGAAGGGAGAAUAGAUGCUUUGGUGGAGAAUGAUCAAGAGGCCUUGGAUGACAUUGACAGGUUAGAAAAGUGGAUAAAGAUAGCAAUUUGGUGCAUUCAAGAACAUCCUGAAAUGAGGCCAACAAUGAGGAUGGUCAUGCAAAUGCUAGAAGAUGUGGUUAAAGUCCCUGACCCACCAUCACCAUUUUCCUUCGGUUCAAUUCCUUGACUUCCAUACCUUCCAGCCAAAAAUAUUGAGGGUGCGAGAAGGUGGACCUCACAUUUAUUCUAAAUACCAACAUCAACCCUUUUAUACAAUCAUACAAUGUUUGUGAUUAUUAUCUGUUUGAUUUCUUUCUUAUUUGUAUAUUUCCUGCAUAAUGAAAUACAACUUUAUAUGUUC